UUAAGGACUAGCAACGCAAUCCUUCAAAAACUUCCUGCCAGGUUACUACGAACCAAGAUAAUCUCUGCAACCAAGUGGGCUGGCUGUAGCGCCUCCGAAGCCUGUGAGCGCACACGCCGGCUCGGCUGUGAUCGAGAGCUUUCGUCCGUUCCCGCACUAUUUCACGCACCGACUUCGAUAAUUCUUCUCAUACAGGACUACCCAGCAUCCUGAACUUCAGUCUCUUGUCAUCCCCUCUUGAGGUCGGUCGUGUAAGCUUCAUGGGGCAGGCCGGUUCUGUCGAAUACGUAUUUUCGAUCUCGAUUUCGUAACCUAUCCUUAUGAUUUAUAGCAUAAUCGUGUAUAUUUUAUCGGUAAAGAAUACGAACAAACAAUAAAAGGACUAAACGUGUUGAAAUAAUUUUUUCAAGUUUAAUUUUGACUUUAGAUAUUUCGAAGUGAGUGACAUAUAACAUGAAUAGGACUUCCUGAAUCUCAAAACCAAUUCAUUAACAAAGAAAUUUGUUAAAAUUUAACGGUGUCAGUGUAUGUUAACAACCCUAAGGACUAGCAGCUAUGCCAUUGAAGUCAUAACGAAAAAUGAAUCUCAAGAUGGCAAAACCAGUGAUCCCUUCAUUAUUUACCUUAUUAUGUCUAGCAAAUAUUUUUACGAACGCCGAAGAUCUAUUAUCUACUGAAAGUUCCUCACAACCCUUACGUUAUGAAGCUCCAGAUGAUUGUCAGUGGUGGGUUAGAGAAUCCUCUCAAAGUGGCGGACAAGAUGAGGUAGCUCUCACUUGUAACCUUAGAACGAUUAAUAGUGAAUUCGAUACCACGAACUUCAGUGUAAUCCCAUCCGAACAUACGACAUCCUUAAGGAUAGAAUGUAAUCCAGAGAUCAUGUCGAGGAGUAGUUUAGACGAUAAGAGCUUCGUCCAUUUGACUAAGCUCAGGGAACUGGAGUUGGAGAACUGUAAGCUGGGAAGAUGGCCUUCUGGGACUCUUUUGGGAUUGCGAGACUUGAGGAACUUAUCUGUUAAAACUCACAAUACUGAUUGGCCAGCAAUGAAUUUGGAUUUCGCUCGUGAUAGUUUCUUACCAGUGCGACAACUUGAAAGAUUAGAUUUGAGUUGUAACAACAUUUGGGCUUUUCCCGAACACAUCUUUUGCCCAUUGACGAACUUAGUGCACUUGAAUCUCAGUGAAAACAGACUGCAGGAUGUGAGUGACUUAGGUUUUCGUGAAAAAACUCCUGGUUUACCCCAACCUUUGAUAAGUGUCGCUGAGGAUGAUCCUGAACAACAUGAAGAACCAACAACACUGGUGUCGUAUCCUUGUAGUUUAGAUAUUCAGGUACUUGAUUCUUCUCACAACCAUUUCGUUCUCGUACCAGCAAAUGGCUUCAGUCUGUUGAAACAUCUCAAAGAACUUUAUUUACAUAAUAAUGAAAUAUCCAUGAUUGCUGAUAAAGGGCUGGCAGGAUUAAAAUCGCUUCAGAUAUUUGAUCUUUCGAAUAAUAAAGUUGUAGCCUUGCCGGCUGAACUGUUCAAAGACUGCGCUGGAUCCAUUAAAGAAAUAAAUUUGCAGAAUAACUCAUUAAGCGUCCUGGCCCCAGGAUUAUUCUCCAAUUUGGAACAGCUGUUGGCUCUGCAUUUAUCAAGAAAUUUAUUGAGCAGUUCCUGGAUAAAUGAGAGCACGUUUUCCGGAUUGAUAAGGUUGGUGUUGCUGAAUCUGUCCUAUAACAGAAUUUCGAAGCUAGAUCCUUCAUUCUUCAAAGAUUUAUACACCCUGCAGAUCCUGAACUUGGAGCAUAAUUUAUUGGAGACGAUUCCGGCCGACACUUUCGCGCCCAUGAAUAAUCUCCAUACCCUAAUUAUAUCCUAUAAUAAAAUCACGUACCUAGACGCUUACUCUCUGAACGGGCUGUACGUUUUAUCUCUGCUGGCGCUCGAUAACAACCUGCUGGAGGGAAUACACCCCGAGGCUUUCAGAAAUUGCUCUAGUUUGCAAGAUUUGAAUUUGAACGGAAACAAACUGAAAGCCGUUCCUUUAGCCCUCAAAGAUAUGCGACUAUUAAGGACUGUAGAUCUGGGGGAGAACUCCAUCGUUUCAAUCGAGGAGCCCGGAUUUAGGGGCAUGAGCAACUUAUACGGCCUGCGACUUAUUGGAAAUCUGAUACAGAAUAUCAGCAAGAGGGCAUUCGCUGAUCUGCCCGCUCUUCAGAUAUUGAAUCUUGCCCGGAAUCGAAUUAGCCGAGUGGAACAUGGAACUUUCGACUCCAGUUCAACUCUCCAGGCCAUCAGGAUCGAUUCGAAUCAGCUGACCGAUAUAAGCGGGCUCUUUUCGGAGAUACCCAGUUUAUUGUGGUUGAACGUGUCCGACAACCAAAUUGACUGGUUUGAUUACGCUCUUAUACCCCGAGGUCUGCAAUGGUUGGAUAUUCACAAGAACAACAUAAGAGAAUUAGGAAACCACUACGGACUGGAUUUGGAGCUUCGGUUGCAAACUCUGGAUGCAAGUUUCAACAAAUUAACGAAGAUAAAUGGAGCAGCCAUCCCGAGCAGCACUGAGCUCGUCUUCCUUAACGAUAACCUAAUAUCUGCGGUGGAACCGCACACCUUCUUGAAGAAGAUGAAUCUGACUAGGGUCGAUUUGUACGCUAACCAGAUUGUGAGUAUGGACUUGAACGCUUUACGUUUGACACCUGUAGAUCCCGAUAGACCCCUUCCUGAGUUUUACAUAGGUGGAAAUCCAUUUCAAUGCGAUUGCACAAUGGAAUGGUUGCAGAGGAUAAACAAGCUGGAUCAUUUGCGCCAGCAUCCACGUGUCAUGGAUUUAGAGACUAUAUACUGUAAAUUAUUGUACAAUAGGGAUAGCAAUUAUCUACCAUUAGUGGAGGCUGAAUCUUCCCAAUUUCUGUGUACUUACGAAACCCAUUGUUUUGCCCUGUGCCAUUGUUGUGAUUUCGAUGCAUGCGAUUGUGAAAUGACAUGUCCGAACAACUGUACUUGUUAUCAUGAUCAGUCGUGGUCAGCGAAUGUUGUGGAAUGUUCAGCAGCUGGUUACACUGAAAUGCCUAGUAGCAUACCCAUGGAUGCUACAGAGGUGUAUUUGGAUGGUAACAAUUUCGGUGAGUUAUCCAGUCAUUCAUUCAUCGGCAGGAAAAAUUUGAGAGUGCUAUACGCCAAUAGUUCCAACAUCGUAGCGGUUUACAACCAUACUUUCAGUGGACUCAGACGACUCUCAAUACUUCAUUUAGAGAAUAAUCAUAUCAAAGAGCUUCUGGGAUUCGAGUUUGCAUCUCUCGAAGGCCUAAGAGAAUUAUAUUUACAAGAUAAUAUUCUCCACUACAUAGAUAACAGGACAUUUUUGCCUCUGAAACAGUUGGAAGUGUUGAGAUUGGAAGGAAACAGAUUGAACACUUUCGAAGUUUGGCAAUUCUCCCUGAAUCCCUACCUGGUGGAAAUCGGUUUAUCCGAUAAUCAAUGGUCUUGCGAUUGCCUCUAUGUUCAGAAACAUAAAAAUUGGCUCAAAGUGAAUUAUGGCAAAGUUGUCGACGCCAAUAAAAUCGUUUGCCUCUAUAACAACGUAACCAAGGAAGUGGGUUUUCAUAUGGCAGAUUUUAACGCCUCCUCGUGCCAACCCUUCACAGGGGGUAGAGGAGCCAUCGUGGAAACUCAGGUGAUGAACGAUUAUCUCCCCCUGAUGCUGGGAACAAUGUGUGCGUUCCUUUUGAGCGUUAUUCUCGUGUGUGGCGCCUUCUAUUACCGACGUGAGUUACGUGUGUGGAUAUAUUCUAGAUGCGGAUUACGUAUGUGCUAUAAGACAACUGCCUUCGAGGAGCAGCAAGAUAAGGACAGACUUUUUGACGCCUAUAUCAGUUACAGUGUCAAAGAUGAAGCGUUUGUGAGUCAAGUCGUAGCCCCGGGACUCGAAUCCGGAGAUCCUAGCUAUAGGCUUUGUUUACAUUACAGAGACUUCAACGUUUCAGCGUACGUCGCCGAUACUAUCAUAGAAGCAGUGGAAUCCUCGCGAAGAACUAUAAUUGUUCUCAGUAAGAACUUUCUACAAAACGAGUGGUGUCGUUUUGAAUUCAAGUCCGCGUUACAUGAAAUAUUGAAGGACAGAAGACGUAGACUGAUAUUUAUCAUAACUGGGGAGUUACCCCAAAGGGAUUUAGAUCCCGAUCUGCGUUUAUAUCUGAAAACAAAUACAGUGAUCGAGUGGGGAGAUCGACAAUUCUGGCAGAAAUUGCAAUUCGCAAUGCCGGACGUUAGGAGAACGUGUAUUCAUCAACGCUCGGCAUUGAAUAUUUAUUCGUCGGCGACUCCAACCCAUCUUGAGAGGUCGAGGAGUCCAGAUUUGCCGCCGCCACCACCCCCAGGCAAAUUUCCACCUUUUCUGCACCACCCGUCGAGUUUACCCAGGGACACAAGGAAUCUACCACAUCCACUGUGGGCAUAGCGGAUGCUUUGGAGCAGUGACGUGUUCUAGAGCGACUAACAAGAAUGGAAUAGCCAGUUGCGACUGCCAGCUAGAUGGUACCGCAAGGUGAUUGUGAUAUUGUAGAAAAUAUGAAUUAUAAAAGAUAGUUUUUUUUAUAAACCCUAUGGAGGGUCCUGAUGUUCAGCUUAUAAUUGUUAUCAAUUUCGUACUGAAAGGACUGACUAAUUUAGAUACGAAUUUCAAUGAAUUUUAUGACAUUUCGAAUUUCGAUAUAUCAAUGUUCUUAUAUUUGCUUCAUGAGCUUAAAAUUAUAGAUGUGAAAUUUGUACGAUUGGAGAGUUGUGGUAUAUUCUCGCAUAAAGAUCACAGCAAAUUCGUAGGUUUGUAUCCCAAUCGAAAGUUUCAUGACUAUAACAUUCAGUGAAUUCAUUGCCAACGAAUUUGUUGUGUUCUUAUGUUUUUAAAGGUUGUGAUGAUUUGAACUACAACGAUAAAAUGAGUUUUUUUAUUGUUAUCCAUCCUCUGAGAUAUUGGAAAUGAGAGAUUAUUCUAUCUGAUUUCAAAUUCAUAAUUUUUCAGAUUUUCGUAUUUUGCUUAUUGUGAUCAGAUGAAUCCUAUCAUAUUCAUUCAAUAAAUUGUCUGUACAUAGUGUGUAAAUAUUAUUUAAAAUAUAUUUUGAACAAGAAUUCCAAAGCACUACCUACUAAAUGUAUAUAGUAUUACUAAAUUAUGCUUAAUCUAAUUAUUGUAAUUCGAAUAAAACUUAUUUAAUUUUGAAA